AUGGCGGCAUCUCUGCGACCUCCAAGCGCUGGAGGGUCGACUGUCGGAGUAACAGAUCUUGGCAAACAUUGUGAGACGAGCUGGGAUGGCCUGAGCGGUAUGGGAAACGUCGAUACCCAGCUCCCUCGGCAGCCUGCUUCCCAAGUCUUUAUGCAUCGAACGCCGUCUCCUCGCCUCCUCUCCGCGCCAGCAGAAUCUCGAGCGGGAGUACUAUAUCCCGCUCAUCCCGUCCACUAUCCCUCUCCCAACUCCACCCUCCCUCCUAUCUUUAUGCAAACCCCUUCUCUCUCCAUCCCCCUUACUCCCUCAACUCUCCUCCCCUACCUUCGCAACCCCAACUCAAACCAAGAAAUAUACCAGCACCAUCCUAUCCUUCCUCCCAAACUCGAUGUACCGAUCUCUCUCCGAGUCCAGUGGGGUCCAAGUCGACGGCAGAAAGGCAUCUUGUACGGGACUGAGAUCCAGAGGGAUGUGGAGAGCGAGGGUACGGAGGAAGAAGGGGAUGAGUAUGGUUGCCGUGGAGGUGUAAUGGGUGUAGCGAGCGUUGUGUUGCUAGCAUGGGGUUCUGUGACGGAAGUGUUAUGCGGCAACUCCCGCAAAGCUCUCAGACCACUCGACAUCACCACCACCAACCAGCACCACCACACCAACAACACCAACAACACCAACUCCUCUCUCCUCAAAAUGGCCCCACCCUACGCCUACAUUCUCACCCUCGCCCCCGGCCUCGUCGCCGACGACGUCGACUACGUCGUCAUGAAGGUCAUCAGCAUCCUGGAACAGGCUGGUGCCGUGGGAGCGAGGGACGACCCCCGGCAGGUGGCGGAGGAAAACCGCGACGAGCACGGAAAACUGUGGUGGGUCUUCAAGAUCGGAAAUCAGUUGGCGGAGGAGGUGAGGGAGCAAGUGGAGGAGGUGGAUUUCGUGUGGGGGUUCAAAGGACAGGAUUUUUGGACAGAGGAGGAGAUGGAUGAGGCUGGGGAGGUUGGUGAGGAGAGUGGUGAAGAGGAGGAGGACGAUGAGGAGGGUAGACAGUGA